AUGGAUCUGGGACUGUGUAACUCAGAAGGAGAGAGGGCUCCCGUUCCUGAGUUUAUCCCUGAAUGCCCGGGAGCCCCCAAAUGCCCGCCCCCCCGCCCGCUCCUGCCUACUCCACCGCUGUCGUCUGGCAGCCCCUCUGCUCGCCCUCAGCUCAUUCUCAGUGCGGUGCGAGCUCCGCAGGUCUGCCAUUCUCCAUCAUCACCGUGGCUGGAGAAUCCCUUGCCUCGGCCUCCAGCCUCUGAGACCCAGACUCCGCCUCUGGCCAUCGACCCAGCGGCUUCACCAUGGCUCCUUGCUCCCUCCUCUAUGCCGUGGCCAAUCAGUCCACUGGCUCUGCCGGGCUCCCUCGUACAGUCGCGGUGCGAGGAGAUCCCGGUGGAGAUCCGUCUCUCUAUCCGCCCGAGUGAGAGUCCAAGAUCUGGUAACUCCGACAAAAAGACGAGUGCAAUCUGCACGGUUCUCAAAAACCCUACGUGUCCACGCGCAUAA